ACUCUUCACUCUCCAGAACCAACCAGUGAAAAAGAACAAAAACACAGAGAAAGAGAACGAGACCCCAAUGCACCAAAACCUCAAGCUUCACAAUCACCGCUCUCUUCAAGCAAAGAGAAAUCAGUAAUCACUCGCUGCAGUCUGCAGUGCACAUAUAGUAUGGCGACUUCUCUGUUUUCUCCACUCUCAGCUCCAAACCCAGAAAUGAAUGAGAAGAUGGAGACUGUCAGAUCAGAAACUGAAGCGUAUGCCAUUGCAGACACCAUGUCUUACUGCAAAUCAACUAUCUAUACUUUGAAUUGUGGCAUGGCAUAUGGUCAAGCAGCAAUGCUUCUAUCUCUUGGAGCCAAGGGUUAUCGCGAUUUACAGCCAAACUCAUCCACAAAAUUAUGUUUGCCUUAAGUCAACUGAUCAAGCGGAGCUGCAGUAGAUAUGUGGAUCAAGGCCAAGGAAUUGGAUGCAAAUACUGAGUACUAUAUUGAACUGUUAGCAAAAGGAACUGGGACGCCGAAGGAAGAACUUGUUAAAGACAUCCAGCGACCACAAUAUCUCAAAGCUCAAGAAGCCAUGGAUUAUGGGAUUGCCGACAAACUACUUAGCUCAAGUGAUGAUGCAUUUGAGAAAGGGACUAUGAUGCAUUGCUUGCUCAAACAAAAGCCAUGAAGGCACAAGCUGCUGGGCCAAGAGCAACUCCCUCUUGUUUUAGAUGAUGACAAAAUAUAGUAUAGCUGAUUAUACAGAGUAAACUGCCAAGCUAGGAUACGCUUUCGUUGAUGGCAGUGCUGGUCCGUGUGGCCGUAUAGCUCUGGAUCCGUAUGCGAAUCUCAAAAUGCUGUAUACAAUGUGUAUCUUAGGCAAGGGCGCAAUAGGCCACUGGUUCGUAAUAGUAUGUAAUACAAACAAGUCCAUAUUUGUGUUCUGAUCUUGUUGAACUCCGGGAGAGAAUUCAUGCCUUUUCAACUAGAGAUGAGUUCUCUUUUGUGCAGGGUGUGAGCGAAAUAUUUUUCACACCCAGACCACACUUUGAUUAAGUUGGUAUUGAAAUGCAGAUCCCAAAUCUGAUUGUUUGUCAGGAAAACUGGUUACAAAUACUACAUAGGGCAAGUUUGUGACGGUUGCA